AGAUGCGAGGACUCUACAGGUCAAGAAAUUCUAACAUAGAAUGACCUAAGGAUUACUGCUGCAACAGGGAUGAAGUCAAGGGUUGCAGAGGACAUUCGCGGAUGAUGUCAUGGUCGCCGUCCUCUGUUUCUACGUGACGGGGUCUUCACACGAACCAUGGUCGCCGUGGAUCCUCAGACGCCGGAUCUGACAGGUGACGUCAGGGCCGAGGCGGAGAGAUCGCUCGAGCAGCAGAAGCAUUACCUGUGCGGCUCGGUGGCGGCGUUCACCAACAUCGCCGUGACGUUUCCCAUCCACAAGGCUCUGUUCCGCCAGCAGCUGUUCGGGGUCAGCGCUGCCGAGGCGGUGCGUCAGCUCCGGAAAGACGGGUUACGGACUCUAUACCGGGGGCUCUUGCCGCCGAUGCUCCAGAAGACCAGCACGGUGGCCCUGAUGUUCGGCCUGUACGAAGACUUCUCCAGGCUGCUUCCGCGCCACAUCGCCGCGGCAACCGCCGCCCCCGACCUCCUGACCCGCAGCCUGGCCGCGGUGCUGGCCGGGACGGCCGAAGCCGUCCUCACGCCGUUCGAGCGGGUCCAGACCCUCCUCCAGGACCCGCGGCACCACGCCCGCUUCCAGAACACGUCCCACUGCUUCCGGAAACUUCUGAGCGACUACGGCGUGAGGGAGUGCUACCGAGGCCUGGUCCCCAUCCUGCUCCGGAACGGCCCCAGCAACGCCCUCUUCUUCGGCCUGCGAGGGCCAAUCAAAGAGCUCCUUCCGGAGGCGGAGUCGGAGGCGGGGCAUCUGGUGAACGAUUUUAUCUGCGGCGGGGUCCUGGGCGCCGUCUUAGGAGUGGUGUUCUACCCGCUCAACGUGGUGAAGUCGCGCGCCCAGGCGCAGAUUGGAGGCGAAUUUCUGUCGUCCAGGGCGAUACUGUUGACCAUACUGCAGGAGAGGGAGGGAAAAGUGACACGCCUCUUUAGGGGUGUGCACCUGAACUAUCAGCGGUCUGUAUUGUCCUGGGGAAUCAUCAAUGCCACGUAUGAACUUCUGCUGAAAACCCUGUGA